UAAGAACUAAAAAAAACAGGAUAGGAAGCUGGUGUGUAAAAAAGCAUCCACCUCUGCUGAUAAAUUUGAUCGGCAGCGUCGGCGGCCGCGAUAAAAUCGAGGCGGAGAGAGCGCGAGGCACCAAUGCGCGGCGGCGGGGGCGGAGUUUGGGAGGCGGUCGGCGGCUGCGGGUGGACGGCAGACAACGGUGCCCCUGUGCUGCAGUCUCUGGCCGAGCACCCUCCCGAGAGGACGCAGGUCAGUUUUGCACCGGCAACACGAAGGCACAGUUGGUUCGCAACCACCGGGCUAACCACCCUCAACCCUUCGUUAAAGACUGACUGCGAUGACAGUGACCAACUUCGGCAGCAUGAUGCGCCCGUGUUUUACUGGAUACCCUUUCCAAGGUCAGGGCCGAGUGAACCAGUUGGGUGGCGUGUUCAUCAACGGCCGCCCUUUGCCCAACCACAUUCGCCUCAAAAUCGUAGAAAUGGCCGCCGCCGGGGUCCGACCCUGCGUCAUUUCCCGCCAACUCAGGGUUUCCCACGGUUGCGUCUCCAAAAUCCUCAACAGAUACCAGGAGACCGGCUCCAUUCGACCUGGCGUGAUCGGCGGCAGCAAACCUCGAGUGGCCACCCCUGAUGUUGAGAGAAGGGUAGAAGAUUACCGCAGAGAGAACCCUGGCAUCUUCAGCUGGGAAAUUAGAGAUAGACUGAUCAAGGAGGGAAUUUGCGACCGCAGCAGCGCACCAUCUGUGAGCGCGAUCUCCCGCUUGCUUCGCGGCAGAGACGGUGAUGACGACAAGAAACUCGACGACGGCAAGAACAGCGAGGGCUCCGACUGCGAAUCCGAGCCGGGCAUUCCUCUGAAGCGCAAGCAGAGGCGCAGCAGGACCACCUUCACGGCGCAGCAGCUUGACGAGUUGGAAAAGGCCUUCGAGAGGACCCAGUACCCUGACAUUUACACCAGGGAAGAGCUGGCGCAGAGGACCAAACUCACCGAGGCCAGAAUCCAGGUGUGGUUCAGCAACCGUCGCGCUCGCCUCCGAAAGCAAAUGUCCAGCAGCACUGGCGGCUAUGGAACUAUGAGCCUUCCGGUGCCCUCGUACGCCUCCAGCGCCGCCGGAUCGUACAUGCUGCCCCAAACCCUUCAGACCGAAUCUCCUGUGCCCUUCUCGGUCUCAUCGCCCUCAGUGACCGAGUCGUUGUAUUCUUCUCAAAACGCUCCCAUGACCAGCAUGACCAGUCUGGGAAGCCCCGUGGAAUCAAAGCCAACACCGAUUGCUUCGUCCACAUAUUCUUCGGCCCUGACUGGUGGCGGCGGUUCCAUCAUGUCGUCCUCAUAUGCGUCGGCCUCGUUCAUCUCCUCUCAGAUGGCUCCGAGUCCGCACCAGCACUCGAACAUGACAAGCAUGAUGGGCACUGGCGCCAGUUUGGCAAGCGGCACCUCUAGCGGCGGCGGCGCCUACGGCAGCCACGGCAUGUCUCCAACGUCGGCCUCGGUGGCUUCUGUUGCUGAGGAUGGCCACUGCUGGUCACGCAACUCCCUUGUCAGCCCAACGUCCAGUUCGGGCGUCACUUCGGCCUCCGCCUUCACUCACUCGCACCUCACUGCCCCCGCUCGCCCGCAGCCCUCCUCUGCCUUCUACAGCGCCUGGUACUGAACAAAAUUCACCAGAUCUGCUGGAAAAGCUUUUCCUGAAAAGGAUGAGAGAAAACUGAUUUUGAUUAGAUAAUAAUUUAAUUUGCAAAUAGUGUAAAAUCAAUGGAUUUGAGAUGCGUAAUUUUAUAAAAAUUUUGGGCCUGUUAGAUUGAUACUGACUUGUCUUGCUGAUUAAUUAUUAGCAAAAUGCCACCAGUGCCUGCAGAUUACUCUUACAAUACUUCUGUGCCUUAUGAAUAAUGUUGCAUGCAUGUGCCUUUUUUAUGAAGCACCUAUGAUAUUAUACCUUGUAUAAAUUAUUUUAUAAGCCAUGAUAUCAAAAAAAUUUGUACAUAACAAUUGAUAUUUUGUAAAAUAAUGUUUUGAGAAACAAUGUGUUCAGCGAGAAUGCUUCUGUUUUGAGAAGCAAGAAAUUUUUGUGUAAAUUUGUGGAAGAUUUGGCAAAAUGAUAUAAAUUACCACCUUCUACUUAUAAUUUAAAGCUAUCCAGCAAAACUUGAUUAAUAUACUUAAGCUUUAUAUCACCGUAAUAGUUAAACUAUUAAGAGCGGCUUGCUUCGGUGAGAUUAAAAUAUUCUUAGUUUUUAAAUUAAAACAAAAUAUCUCUAAGCACAUCUUGCCCUGCCAGUAUUGAAUAUCACGCCUGAUUUUAAAAUUAAUCGAAAGUUCAUUCACUUGAAUUUGUGUAAUAUUUGUGUUGGUUUUAAAUGAAUAAACUGAAACU